AUGACAUGUGAAGUUCAGGUCAAUUUAAAAUUCACGCGACUCACCGAACAUGCCUUUCCACCAGUAAAAGGCUCAGAGAAGGCAGCAGGAUUUGAUUUAAAAAGUGCUUAUGACUAUGUAGUUCUGGCCCGUGGCAAGGAGUUGGUAAAAACUGAUUUACAAAUACAAUUGCCCUCUGGAUGCUACGGCCGCGUUGCGCCACGGUCAGGACUAGCAGUUAAAAACUUCAUCGAUGUUGGUGCUGGUGUCAUUGAUGAAGAUUAUCGAGGAAAUGUUGGUGUAGUUCUUUUCAAUCAUUCAGAUCAGGACUUUAUUGUUAAGAAAGGUGAUAGAAUUGCACAAUUGAUUUGUGAAAGAAUUUACUAUCCGGAGCUGGAAGAAGUCACUACCUUAACAGAAACUGAAAGAUCUAGUGGAGGAUUUGGUUCAACUGGAUUAAAG